GGAUGCUGCGGCAGGUUCUGCACAGGGGCUUGAGGACGUGUUUCUCCCGGCUCGGCCACUUCAUUGCCAGUCACCCGGUCUUCUUCGCCUCGGCGCCAGUGCUCAUCUCCAUCCUGCUCGGCGCCAGCUUCAGCCGCUACCAGGUCGAGGAGAGCGUGGAGCACCUGCUGGCGCCCCAGCACAGCCUGGCCAAGAUCGAGCGCAACCUCGUCAACAGCCUCUUCCCGGUCAACCGCUCCAAGCACCGGCUCUACUCGGACCUGCAAACCCCCGGGCGCUACGGCCGGGUCAUCGUCACCUCCUUCCAGAAAGCCAACAUGCUGGACCAGCAUCACACCGACCUGAUCUUAAAGUUGCAUGCUGCUGUGACCAAGAUCCAGGUUCCGAGGCCUGGCUUUAAUUACACGUUUGCCCACAUAUGUAUCCUGAAUAAUGAUAAGACUUGCAUCGUGGAUGACAUAGUGCAUGUCCUGGAAGAGCUAAAGAAUGCUCGGGCUACCAACCGGACCAAUUUUGCUAUCACGUAUCCAAUCACUCACUUAAAGGAUGGGAGGGCCGUGUACAAUGGGCAUCAGCUUGGGGGUGUCACCGUGCACAGCAAGGACCGGGUGAAAUCUGCGGAAGCCAUCCAGCUCACCUACUACCUGCAGUCUAUCAACAGUCUUAACGACAUGGUGGCUGAGAGGUGGGAGUCCAGCUUCUGCGACACUGUCAGACUGUUCCAGAAAUCCAACAGCAAAGUCAAAAUGUACCCUUACACGUCCUCGUCACUGAGGGAAGAUUUCCAGAAGACCAGCCGCGUGUCAGAACGUUACCUGGUCACCAGCCUGAUCCUGGUGGUUACCAUGGCCAUCCUCUGCUGCUCUAUGCAGGACUGUGUCCGCAGCAAACCCUGGCUAGGUCUGCUUGGGUUGGUGACCAUAAGCCUGGCCACUCUGACUGCAGCUGGGAUCAUCAAUCUUACUGGUGGAAAAUACAAUUCCACCUUCCUAGGAGUCCCUUUCGUCAUGCUAGGUCAUGGAUUAUAUGGGACUUUUGAAAUGUUAUCCUCCUGGAGGAAAACUAGAGAAGACCAACAUGUUAAAGAGAGAACUGCAGAAGUCUAUGCAGACUCCAUGCUCUCCUUUUCUCUCACCACUGCCAUGUACCUGGUCACCUUUGGCAUAGGGGCCAGCCCUUUCACGAACAUUGAGGCAGCCAGGAUUUUCUGCUGCAAUUCCUGUAUUGCAAUCUUCUUCAACUACCUCUAUGUACUCUCGUUUUAUGGUUCCAGCCUGGUGUUCACUGGCUACAUAGAAAACAAUUACCAGCAUAGUAUCUUCUGUAGAAAAGUCCCAAAGCCUGAGGCACUGCAGGAGAAGCCGGCAUGGUACAGGUUUCUCCUGACAGCCAGAUUCACUGAGGACACAGCAGAAGGCGAGGAAGCGAACACUUACGAGGGUCACCUAUUGGUAUGUUUCCUCAAACGCUAUUACUGUGACUGGAUAACCAACACCUAUGUUAAGCCUUUUGUAGUUCUCUUUUACCUUAUUUAUAUUUCCUUUGCCUUAAUGGGCUAUCUGCAGGUCAGUGAAGGGUCAGACCUUAGUAACAUCGUAGCAACUGCGACGCAAACCAUUGAGUAUACUACUGCCCAGCAAAAGUACUUUAGUAACUACAGUCCUGUGAUUGGGUUUUACAUAUACGAGUCCAUAGAAUACUGGAACACUAGUGUCCAAGAAGAUGUUCUAGAAUACACCAAGGGGUUUGUGCGAAUCUCCUGGUUUGAGAGCUAUUUAAAUUACCUUCGGAAACUCAAUGUAUCUACUGGCUUGCCUAAGAAAAACUUCACAGACAUGUUGAGGAAUUCCUUCCUGAAAGCCCCCCAGUUUUCACAUUUUCAAGAGGACAUCAUCUUCUCUAAAAAGUACAAUGACGAGGUCGAUGUAGUGGCCUCCAGAAUGUUUCUGGUGGCUAAGACCAUGGAAACAAACCGGGAAGAACUCUAUAAUCUCUUGGAAACCCUGAGGAGACUUUCUGUCACCUCCAAGGUGAAGUUCAUCGUGUUCAAUCCAUCCUUUGUGUACAUGGAUCGAUAUGCCUCCUCUCUGGGAGCCCCCCUGCACAACUCCUGCAUCAGUGCUUUGUUCCUGCUAUUCUUCUCAGCAUUCCUAGUGGCAGACUCUAUGAUUAAUGUCUGGAUCACUCUAACAGUUGUGUCCGUGGAGUUUGGAGUGAUAGGUUUCAUGACAUUAUGGAAAGUACAACUGGACUGCAUUUCUGUGCUAUGCUUAAUUUAUGGAAUUAAUUACACAAUUGACAAUUGUGCUCCACUGUUAUCCACAUUUGUUCUGGGUAAGGAUUUCACGAGAACUAAAUGGGUAAAAAAUGCCCUGGAAGUGCACGGGGUAGCUAUUUUACAGAGUUACCUCUGCUAUCUUGUUGGUCUGAUUCCUCUUGCAGCUGUGCCUUCAAAUCUGACCUGUACACUGUUCAGGUGCUUGUUUUUAAUAGCAUUUGUCACCUUCUUUCACUGCUUUGCCAUUUUACCUGUGAUACUGACUUUCCUGCCACCCUCGAAGAAAAAAAGGAAAGAGAAGAAAAACCCUGAAAACAGGGAGGAAAUUGAGUGUGUAGAAAUGGUGGAUAUUGAUAGUACCCGAGUGGUUGACCAAAUUACAACAGUGUGAUAGUGUCUGCUCGGUAUAUUUUCACCUUAGGUCUUAUCAAGAACAAGGAGGUUAUAUUAAUGAAACAAUUAAAUUCAAAUUUGUUCCUUUUUAAGGAUAGGAAACAGACAUUGCCAAAAUAAAUAAAAAGAAAGAACAAGGAGGGAAAAUGGGAAUGGCAUAUUUUCAAUCUUUAAAACAAAAGAUUGUUAUGAGAAUUUACGCACGUGCACGCGUGCACGCACACGUACCCCCUAAGAGAUCUAUAGGCUCUUAAACCCAGAUCAAAUAAAAGAGAGCAGGAUCCUCUUUUAUUUACACUGCAGAUAUUGCUGGUAUUGUGACAAAACCUAUUUAUUGAAGGGUCAACUGAAAAGGCAGAAAUAGCUUUAAGCAUUGUUCAACACUAAGGCUCUUCCAGAAUGUCUGCAAAGCAGUACUCCAGUCAUGGUCUGUGGUUUGAAGUCUUAGCCACCUCACCUAGCUCCCCACCACCCAAGGAGAUGCUUGUAAAAGUUCUGACCAGAAAAAAAGCAAGCCAGACCCUUGGGAACAGACAUGUGGGAGAGUGGCCAUCACCCAUGGACUAAAUUCACCCAGGUGAGGCAGUUUUAUUGUCUAGAAGUGAAUUUAUCACAUUUCCCCAUUGGUAUACUUUUAAAAUUUGUAUAGUUUGGUUAACACACCUUGAAACCAGUGCCAGCUUGCAGACAACAUUGCAGACUUGGUGUGAUUAUAUUUUGGAAUAGCUUGUCACUUAUCACCAAAUAGGCCUGCUUCAUUAGUUAUAGCUUUGGGCAGGAGGGACAGAGGACCAAAACUGCAGAGCCAAAUCCAAAUACCUGGCAUGACAGAGGAAAAGCAAGUGUAUAUGUAAUCCAGAGACAGUGUCUCUAUUUUAACAAAAACAAUAGUUGUGUACAGGUGUUUGUGGUUUGGCCUAACAUGCAUUUUUUGCAUGGAUGCCCAGAAACAUCUGCCCAUACAUAGUUGAGGAAAGACAAAAUGAACACUGAAGUAGUUAUCUGCUAUAGCUUGCAACUCAUAGCGCCAGUCUGCUUUUGCUUUGAGACAUGCCUGCUCAGAGACUUAAGGCGAGGGGAGACAUUUGGUGAUUCUAAGUCCUGAUGCUGAGAAACUAUAGAAGUGGAGGGAGAUGGCCCAAAAGGACAUAGGUUAGAAAUGACUGGGUAAAGUAAUCACCAGUACAAGUCUGUCAAUGAUGGCAAACUCUUCUGCUAAACCGGCUGCACCUCACCCUCCUUGACCCUUACCUUUUUUGGUGCCCUUCUACUUCAUCAUAGCAAGGCCCUUAUGUACAUUAACAAGCGUAGAUGUUUAUGCUGUUGACCUCCAGUGUCUACAGGAGGUUCACAGAUCUAAACAUAAAUGGUUUGAAAUGAAGAGGCUAUGUAUGUUGCCCAAAUGCUCCUCCUCUCGUAUUUUUUUAAGUCUAUAAAAAAGAAGCUAAAACCUGGUUACAUUUGAAACAAGCAUCUACAAUAUUUUUCCCUUUUAGAGAUGUAGCUUAUUUAGACAUCUAUAGUGGUAAGCAUUUCCCAAAAGCAUCUUACCUUUCUGGACCUUAGCAGCCAUACUGGGCAUGCCUAAGACAGGGCAGGGCAAUUUUAGGUUUUCUUAUAAGAUGACUACUACUCCCCUCAAAGUCCAUUUCUAAGGAAGGAACAUAGGACAUUAUUGACCACAGUGAAGACUUUUUUAAUGUCUGGGAUCAAAAUGUUUGGGGUAUAGGUUGGCCAUUAUCUUACCAAACAGAAAAAAUAUAUAUCCCAUGUGAUUCAGAUGUGACCACACCCAGUGCAAACCUGUGCUUUCUAUUUCCUAUACUGUUGUCCACAUAGUUCUGAAUACAUGUUCAGGGGAUCAUAGCUAGUGCAUUCCACACUUAUUCAGCCUCCCCUGCAGACACACUAAGUGAUCAUGCCAAUGCAAUGUGUUAUGCACUCAACUAGAGAUAAUAAGCUUUAAUCUGAGGACAAGUGCAGUCCUCUCAAAAGGGCAAGUUUGCAUAAUAGAUACUCGAUCAAUUCUCUCUCUAAGGGGCCUGCAGCUAGGCUAUUAUUUAUAAAACACAACUGAAGAGGGGAUUGGUUUUAUUCUGAAAUCAUAUGUUGCUAAAUCAUUUUCUGAACAGUGUGUUCUAAAUCAGUCAUUGAUUUAGUGUCAACCACGUGGAGCACCUCAGCUUAAAGUGACUCCACAUAACUGACACGACACAUAUACACCAAUUAAAUGGAUUUUGUUGAGAAUUUAAUCAUUCAAUUUGGUCAACCAGGAAGACUUACUGUGGAACUUUGUUUUAUGACAGAAAGUAUUUUCCAACUUGAUUGAGUCUCUGUAUAUGCUGGGAUAUUGUAUUUUUAAAUGAAGGGCAUUUUCAAACUUGUUAACUUCUUUUCAGCACUUGAAAUCAGGCUUAUGGAAUUCUGACUGUGAAAUGAAUUUUUCUAUUGGG